AUGCUGGCCAGUGCCAUUCUCUCCAAUGUGUCGGCGGAAACUAUUGGUUACGCAUACAAUAAGCAGUAUUCACAUAUAUAUCGUGCAUAUUGGGUGAUGCAGUACAUUGAGAAGGAGAGACUCCGGGACAGCGAUAUUGUUGUGGUGUACGAUGGAUCGGAUACGCUUUUCAGUGGUGCCUCCACGGUGCAGCAGGCUGUAGACAGGUUCAUUGCCACGACAGCACCAACUCCCGAUGCCUUUGAUGCUGGAGCUGUGCGUCGUGGUGUGGCUACAGCACCAGUAUUAUUUACAACUGAAUUCAAUUGUUUUCAUCCGCAGUUGGGAAUGAUUUAUGACUUUGAGCAACCCUCAACUAACGCGCAGUGUACUUCUAUUUAUAAUACUGCCUGGGGUAUAAUGGGGUACAACAACUCUUCUCGAAAUCCUUCGGAGCCUGGUAAGUCCAUAUUCCGAUUCCUCAACUCCGGCGGCUACGUUGCUCGUGUGUGGGCGCUGAAGCGUGCAUUUGCAGUGUAUCGUAAGGUGUUGACGUUUAGACGUUCCAGACGACAAAUAUGGAGGUGUGACCAGAGUGCGUGGGGACUGGUGUACCUGUGGAGCAUUACCCAGGAUGCACGUAUGACACCCGAUGUGCGCAUUCCACGUGGUCUGAUAAACCUGGACUUCCACAACACCUUUUUUCUUACAGCGCCCGGUACUUUGUGGGGAAAAGACUUCGUGCCUUGGAGCUCCACAGCCAUUGCCGAUGUGGUGGCGGGUGGCAGGUUGCCGUUUCCUCUCUUCUUCCACAUGGAGGACAAACCCAACGCCACUCCAGCCAUUCUGCAUUUUAUUGGUCAUGGCGCUGGUACCACCAAGACAACUCUGUGGAUGCUGCGGAAUCACACCUCUUGGUAUGUGGAGACGAAGCGCUCUGCUGCUGCGUUCCUCAAGGCCAGGGAUAUGCUGCAGCACAGUGCAUUUGUGGAUAUUGAUGUAUCGGGGACCGGGAAGGUGCGACUCCCGUACGGCAGGGUGUGUCCCAUGGACGUGGUGGAGAGCUUGAUUUGGCUUCCGCCCCCGUGA